GGUCUCUGGACCACAGCGCUAGGGCCGGGCUAAAUCCAAGGGCUUUAACCACUUUGGCGUGAUGAAGGCAAAAGUACUCUUUUUUGUGAUGUAUGAUUAUUUGCUUAUUUGUAGACUUAGCCUCCGCGGACCGCGGCGCGCGCGCGCCAGGCCGACGGGUUUUUCAGGUCUUUCGUACGCGUACUGCUCGCGCGACAAGCGUCCCCCUGUGCCUACGAAGCAAGACAUGAUGGGCGCUGCGCCCCGAGCCUACAGAGCUCGCGGUUUUCGAAGUGACAGCGCUUGAUCGCGCAGCUGGUUUUUGCCACCUGCACUUUGCUGCAAGGGAUGGCACCGCUCCCGGGCUUCGGCGCGACGGGCCCCUGCUGGAAAUGCCGCGGCUCGGGCGUCGUGGCGGCGGGUCGGCGCAAGCGGGCGGCGGGCGCCACAGGCCUGUGCCGCGUGUGCGGCGGCUCGGGGGCGCUGAGACGCGGCAGGCAGCGUUCCACGGAACCGGGCCGCGUCACGCAACCGCGGUCGAGCGCGUCGACGCGCCGCGGACCGCGCGCGGCGGGCGUGGGUGAGCCGGGGCCGGGAGAGGAGCUCUGCUGUUUGUGUGGAAGUUGGCGCGUCUUCCAGCGGGUUGGAGGUCAUCGCUACUCGACCGAGGACGUCGUCACGGCGCACGUCGCCUCGCAAGUCGCCUUAGGUCUUGGUGGGGUGGUCACCCACGUCGACCUGGGCUGUGGCGUGGGCUCCGUGCUUCAGAUGGUAGCGUGGCGAUGCACGGAAGCGGGCCUACGAUACGAUGGGCUGGGCGUCGAGGCGCAGGCAGACUCGGCAAAUUUGGCGCGCCGCUCGGUGACAUACAACGGCGCGCCGUGCGCCGUGCUCGACGGCGACCUGCGCACGACGCCGGCCUGCGCGAGGGGCGCGACGCUCGUCACGGGCACGCCGCCGUACUUUGACGUUACCCAGGACGAGGCCGGGGGCGCCACCACGAAUUUCGGCGCGUUCCCCGCUUGUGAGCAGUCCGCCGGUGCGCGCUACGAGUUCCGCGGCGGAAUCGAGGCCUACUGCAAGGCGGCGGUGGAUGUCAUGGCGCCAACUGGGACUUUCGUGGUGUGCGAGGGCGGCCUGCACGUCAACCUGCGACGCGUCCAAAAGGCAGCCGAGGCGGCGGGGCUGGUCGUCGUUGGGCACCGCCCCGUUGUCGGUCGCGCCGGGAAACCGACACUCUUCGGCGUCUGGACCAUGCGGCGCCUGGACCAUGCUGCGGGACGACGAGACGAGGCGAUCGCCGCACCCCUCAUCGUCCGCGACCGGGCCGGCCGCCGCACGACGGAAUACGAGGCGGUGCUUCGCGACAUGGCGAUGGUGUAAUUAAUGUGAAUAAUC